CCCAAUAACGAAUGGUCAGCAAUCUGGGGGCAUCUAUUACCGUUGAGGCUGUGCUAUGACGAGACCCUGGUCUCGUCUCCAAGUAUAAAGUCCCGAGUUUUUGCGAUGCUCGGAUGCUUAACGACCCGCUAUGCUCCACUUUCUCGUUUUCUCUUUGUUCGCCUCUGUGUAUGCUGCCCCAGAGCUCCAAGAACGACAGAUUGGCAGCGCUAUCGAUUCCUUAACCUCUGCAGCUGCGUCUGUGUUUAGCGAUGCAACUGCGGGUGCUGCAGGCAUUGCGACGGAAGUAACAUCUGUGGCUGGGUCGCUGUAUACCGUCGUUACCAGUGCAGGCGGAGAGGGUAUCACUCUUGCGCAGUCUGGAGCAGGCGAACUAACAUCUUUUGCUGGUUCUCAAUAUACCGUUCUUGCUUCGGAAGCAGGCUCCGUUUUUACAGAGGUCACCUCGGCCGCUGGAUCGGCAUACACUGUCGUCACCAGUAAAGGAGGCGAGGCGAUCACUCUUGCGCAAUCCGGUGCAGGCGUAGUCACUUCGUUUGCUGGCUCGGAGUAUACCGUUAUUACCGCGGCAGCUGGUUCUGUAAUCACAGAGGUCACCAGUGUCGCUGGAUCGGCGUACACUGUCGUGACGAGCAGGGGUGGUGAAGCCAUCACGCUUGCGACGUCUGGAGCUGGACUUACCUCUUUCGCAGGGGCCGAAUACACAAUUAUUACAUCGGCAGCAUCUGCUGCAGCGUCGAACAAUGCAGCUGUCGGAAUGUUCAGUUUGAAUGCGCCGCUAUUCGCGGGUCUGCUUGCAGUCGCAGGCGGUACACUUGUCGGUGCAGUGCUUACCAUAUGAUUAUGAUGUCAUUCCAUAUUUAUUGAGGGUGCAAUCUAUUUUAAUCCGCAUUGCGGGCAGUGUGCUCCAAUGAAUUUUUCGUCGUCAUGUCGCUGCGCGGUCUUCUCAUGCCUGUCCAAUCACAGCAUCCUUU